AUGAGCCGACGUGCACUGUUGGGCCUCGAUGUUGCGGUGCCGACCCUCUACAACAUGAGCGUGUUCACUGCAGUAGCGAGCGCAAAGGUUGGCUCAGAACUGCGGGACGUCAUGCUCAGUGGCUGCGAGGUGCUCAUCAUUUACAACACUCUCUUGCUGACAGUGGCGAUUGGGGGCUGGUUGUUCAUCGGCAGCGCGCCCUUGGAAACUCCCGUCGACGUCCUCUGCCUCACCGUGUGGGUAGCCGUUUCGUUCCUGUUCUGGUUUGCGGUCAUCUACGAUCUGCUCCUACUCCAGGCGUUCUCGUACGUGUCCGAUGCGAAUCUCCACGCGGUCAUCAAGUCAGCCCUCCCGGUGUACUGGAUCGGGCGAAAGAUGAAUGUGCUUGCGUCGUACAGCACUGUCCUCGCCUUACUGCUCACCGCCUUGCGCUCGUGCGCCUGGGUGGUGGACGCCCAGAGCAAUCACCACCAAAACAACGCCACCGAUUCCGACGACGACAGCACACUUCUCUCCGUUUGGCUCGUGCGUCCAGAGCCAAUGCCAUGGAGCUUCCGUAUGCUGCCCAUGUGGAUUGUCGUCGCCUUUGGCCUCAGCAUCCCAUUUGUGCUACUAGCGCCACUCAAUGCGAUUGCCCGCCUGAUCAUGCACUCGGGAGUGAUUGCGGAUGCACCGGUCCGCGACAUCUGGGACCCCAGCUUCCUCAUCGCUUUCGACGAGAAGCACCCGGUCCUCCCGGAUGACGGACUGUACGCGCCGCCGCAGCUCUCGCCGUCGCAGACGCCGUUCAACGCGUGCUGCGGCCUCAUCGGGAUAUGCAACUGGUACUCUCACCGGACGCCAACCUGUGCGCCGUGCGCAGCCUGCUGCGGUGCUUCGCUCAAAGGCUGCGGAGGGCUCGAGACUUUGGACAUCCUGCACAGCGACGACGAAGUCUGGCGGCGAAUGCUCUCGGGCGGCUCGCCCGAAGCCUGCCCGGACCGGUACCGCGGUGUCUUUUGGAUGCAAGACAAUGUCGUCAACGAGCUCCUCAUCACGCUUCAAGAGGCAGACUGGAGCCAGGCGCCACCGGAAGGGCUGUCUGCCGUCGCUACCAAGCGCCUGGAUACCAACUGGGCAAGAGACACGACCAUCUGGGGUGCCUGCCUCGCAUGCUGCGCUCCAUGCCAGCCGCCCAUGAUUUUGCACGUGAGCAAGAGUGGAAAGUGGCUGAGCAUGGCGGGCGCGGCUGGAUUCUUUUACGCCCCGUCUGCCAGCGAAACCCUGAAGGGCCCCGACGGCGAGAAGGUCGCCUUUGACUCGUCGCAAGAUCUGGUGAGGGUGGACUACCGCUCCAAGUUUGACCCGCACUCCGGUACAAGCUACCAGUACCGCUGCCGGCGAGUGGCCUACCUCGAUAGCGAGCGGCAACUCGUCAAGACGCCCGCAUUUGAGGAGAUGGUGGCGCAGGUGCGCGCCCCGCUGAAGAAUCCCGGCUGCUUGGGCGACCGCUGCUACAGCAACCUCUCGUGGCCUCAGCGGCUCGAGAACCAGCAGCUCCUGGCGAGCGAGCUCCUCGUCAAGACGGGCUCGCCGUCGGACUCGUCGUCGGGCUCUUCUUCCUCGAUCCCUGUGAACAGGGAGGGGCGUUUCAAGAAGACGAUCAAUGAGGUCGUGGUGUCGUACACACCGACGGCUGAGAUCAUCCGCCCCGUCGGACAGGACUUUGAGUCGAUGCCCGGCAUGAAGAAGACGUUCCUCUUCAUGCCCGUGCGUGAGGGCGUGACUCUUCAGCGGCCGUUCGCGUGCUGGUGCGACGCGUGCAUGCAGGCGUCGGCUCCUGGCGAGGGUACCAUGGAUUCCAACUACCGCUGCCACGGCUGCUCGUCGCCGGGCUUGCGGUGGAGGGAGACCAGCGUGGCGCGCUCGGACGCUGCCGGCGUAGCCUCCUCCAAGGCCCGUACCCGCCAGCUCUCUAGAUCCCUCCGAGAUCAGCUGAAGGCGCACUUUGCGAAGAGCACGAACGCGGUGUGGGUUGCGGUGCAGAACCGCGGCGAGGACGACCCGGACCAGUAUUGGAUCGGCCGCGCCGUCGCUCUCAGGCCUCCCUUUCAGACGGGUGGCAGCGUCGCAGGCACAGGCGGGAGGGUGCGCUACGAUCCCGGCGAUAUGGAGAUCGAGGUCGAGUGGUUCGAUCGAGACGUGAGCGGUGGCGACGAGCGGCGGAUCUUCAAGGCGUGGCGCCCCGGCGCCGACACCACGCCCGCUGCUGCUGCUGCUGUGGGGCGUGGUGGCAGCGGCGGUGGGGGACGCGGGCGUGGUGGCGGUAGGCGCGGGGGGCGAGGCGCCGCCGAGGCAGGCGCGGCUGCGGAGGGCGCCGCGCCAGAGGGACCCGCAGUCCUCACCUUCAACUCGUCCGAGCUGCGCAUGAUCAACGUGGAGAUGCAGCUGGUUGCGCCGCUCGGUGGCGGCGCCGCUUUGGAUGUG